GCUAUAUAUAUAAAAAAAACUAUGACUAUGAAAAAACACUUCUCAUAUUUAGAAUAUAGAUGACAUGGAAUGGCUGAAACUAUUUUGUUUUGGACUUGUUAUUAGCGUAUAUUCCAAAGAUAAUGGCGAGUUAACUUGUGAAGAUGGUCAUUGUGCUGAUUUAAAACAUGAAAAGGAAAAAUACACUAAAUCAGGACAAACAAAAGAAAAAUGGCAAAAAUAUGUCUCCUUAAUAAAAACUGCAGUCGAAAGUUAUAAAGAGUGUAGUGAAGAUUGUUAUAAGUUACAGAGGAGAUCCGACUUUAGAUUCUGGAUCGAUCGUGGUGGUAUCAAAGAGGAGGAUUUUUUGCAAGCUAAACAAGAAAAAUUGGGAGAGCAUUAUCAAAUUAUUAACCAAAAGUUGUAUCGGCAAAAAGAAUGUAUAUUUUCUGCCAGAUGCAGCGGUAACGAGCAUUUCAUACUAAAAGUCAUUGAUAAGCUUCCUGAUAUGGAAAUGAUUAUUAAUAGCCAUGAUUGGCCAAAGGUCAAACAUUGGAGUGCUCCUUCACCUGUGUUAUCCUUUAGUAAGACACCAGAAGAAAGAGAUAUCCUUUAUCCAGCAUGGACAUUUUGGGAAGGAGGUCCUGCUGUAUGGCCAAUAUAUCCGGCAGGCUUGGGAAGAUGGGAUUUAAUGAUUGAAGCUUUAAAUAAAAAAGCGAAAGAAUGGCCGUGGGAGAAGAAAUUAAAGAAAGGAUUUUUCAGAGGUUCCAGGACGAGUGAUGAAAGAGAUCCACUAGUGUUAUUGUCUCGUGAUCAGCCAGAACUUGUUGAUGCACAAUACACCAAAAAUCAGGGCUGGAGGUCUGAAAAGGAUACACUUUACACGAAGCCAGCAAAAGAAGUGCCAUUGGAAGAACACUGUCAGUAUAAAUAUCUAUUCAACUUUCGUGGAGUAGCUGCAAGUUUUCGGUUCAAGCAUUUGUUUUUGUGCAAUUCGCUUGUCUUUCAUGUCGGCAAAGAAUGGAUUGAAUUUUUCUACAGUGAAAUGAAGCCAUGGGUGCAUUAUAUUCCAGUUUCAACUGAUUUAACGGAAGUCCAAGAUUUAAUCGAAUUCGCGAAAUCGAACGAUGAAAUUGUUCGAGAAAUUACAGAGAGGUAACUUUAUUUGUCAUAGGUCGUAUAUUUGUGAAGAAACAUCUUCGUAUGGCCGACGUACAAGAUUACUGGUUCAGAUUGUUAAAACGAUAUUCAAAGUUGAUGAAAUGGAAUCCAAAAAAAGAUUUAAGUUUCAUAGAAAUUGAGAAAAAAUAAUAUUUUUUAGAUAACAAUAUCUUGGAAUUCCAUUGAAAUAAAAACAAGAAGCCGA